AUGUCAAGCACGCCCUCUGCUCCGAACAGGGGCCUUGUGGUCUUCUCGGGAGGAAGCGCUGCCAACAACCUUGUCGACGUGUUUGAUUCUGUCCGAGAGAGCAAGGAUUGCCCUCUGAGCUACAUCAUCCCCAUUAGUGACAAUGGUGGCUCAUCUUCGGAGCUGAUACGGAUCUUUGGUGGUCCUGGGAUAGGUGAUGUAAGGAGUAGACUGGUCCGACUGAUCCCACCAUCACCUCCUAACUCGGAGCGUUCGGCUAUCAAGACACUGUUCAACUAUAGACUACCAGCAGACGAAACUGCUCACAGCGAGUGGCUCUCCAUAGUGGAUGGGACAUCGCCUCUAUGGAAGUCCAUUACCCCGGCAAAGAAGGAACUCAUCAGGUCCUUCUUCAACCUCCUCAACCUGGAGAUCCUCAAACGUGCUCGACCCCCCUCAUCAACCUUCGACUUCGCAUCAGCAAGCGUCGGCAACCUCUUCCUCACCGGCGCGCGCCUUUUCAGCGGGAGCUUCGAAAGCGCCAUCUACCUCCUCGGCAGCAUCUGCGACGUCUCCUCAGACCUCAUCCGCGUAAUCCCCGCCAUCAACUCCAACUUCUCCCACCACAUCUCAGCCUCACUAGCCAACGGAACCAUCAUCGUCGGCCAAAACAGCAUCUCCCACCCUAGUCUCCCACCACGCCCCGCCUCCCCCCGACCCCGAACAAAUCUCCAACCCGAUCAAAAUGGAAACGCGGCCAACGUCGAGCCAGCAACGAUAAUCGACUACACCGAGCCCUCCGAUGUCCUCGACACAGCCCUCAACGAAGACGACCAACCCCCAGGCUUCCUCCCGCACCUCCGCAACAAAAACAUCAACUUCUCCAAGUCCGAGAAUGAGGAUCUCCCCGCUCGCAUCACCCGAGUCUGGUACAUCAACCCCUACGGCCAGGAAAUCCGACCGCGCGCAAACCCGCGCGCGCUGGAGUCCCUGCGCGACGCCCAGGCAAUCAUAUACAGCAUCGGCUCGCUGUACACAUCGCUGAUCCCCAGCUUAGUCCUGCAGGGCAUCGGGCAGGCCAUCGUGUCGUCUCCAGCGCGCCAUAAGAUCCUCAUCCUGAACGGCUCUCUAGACCGAGAGACCGGUCCGCCUUCGGACCCGUUCACGGCGGCCGAUUUCAUCGAGGCCAUUACGCGCGCCGGGGAGGAGAGUCGUGGGAGGGCACCGCUUGACCCGCCACAUUCACAUUCCACGUCCUCUACCUUAGCUCCGGUCAGCCUCGGCAAAGAUGCGUUUCCCUCCCUAGCAUCGGAAAACGAAACACCCACCCUCCCGUAUACAUCGUACGUAACGCAUGUCCUGCAUCUCGAGGGACCGGGUACACCGCAUGUCGACAGGGAGCGGCUGGGCGAGAUGGGAAUCGAGACGCUCCGUCUUUACGGACGGAAAAUUGUCUCGAGUCACGAUGGGCCUGGGGGUGAGAGCGAGGUGCCGCUUGGCAUGAGGUAUGAUUCAAACGGUUUGAUCCAAGCGCUGGAGGUUGUACUGGGGAAGAAAGGGGACGGGAUGUUAAGGGGAGCUGUUAGUCGGAGGAAUACGUUGGAUCCGGGGAGGAAGAGGGGUGCUCAUUAG